CACGUAGGGCUCAUCAUGGCGGUGGAUUUGACUCCUCGCUUCAGAAGGUUGAACAGCCAAACAAGAAGCUUGCGUGAGAAUAUACAGCACGUUUUCUCGGGGCCCUUUGGUGCCACUCAGCUAUGGCACAGCAUCAUCCAGGCCCUGCAAACCCAGGUAGAGGUGCGUCGCUGCAGGAGGCACCUACGCGUCCAUGCCGAAUGUUUCACAGGCUCAGAUGCUGUGGACGCCGUCCUCAGCUAUCUGAUGCAGAAUGUGGUGUUUUGCUCGAGUGAAGUGUCUCGUCUCAAAGCUGCUCGGCUCUGCCAGGCUCUGAUGGAGGCAAAGGUGUUUGAGCCAGUGGGCACAAAGCUGUUUCGCAGAGACAAGGAAGUGACGUUUGAGGACAGCAGCUGCAGCCUCUACCGUUUCCUGGAAUAUAAAGUGGUACCCAGCUCUUCCAUGAAGGGAUGCAGUAGUGUCACAGAAAACAUGUCACCAGAGGAGCCGGAGACUAAGAGAAAGAAGAGCUCCAGAAACGAACUGAGAACAAUCGCCAAUCCUCUUGCUGUCGGACCAUCAGACAAGAGGGUUGAGAGGCUGCUGGGGAACAUCAACCUGCGGCCCACCAUGUCACCGGGUUUACAUACAGCUGCAUCAUCUUCUGUCUUUCUGUCCAAGGCUGCGGUAGAGGAGGUUUGGAAGCAGCAGACGCUGCUGCAGCUGCUGCAGAUAGUGGAGUUGCCCAUGCUGGACUGCAUCCUGACCUCUCCUUCCAGUGUUGAGCCUCAGGCCUGCAGAGCUCUUCUGACCACCCAGGACCUGGUUAUCUCCAACACGUGUCUGGAGAGAGAGAUGCCAGACGCCCUUAACCUGCCAAAGUUGGAUGGGUGGCUGUCGGCAGCAGCAGACUGUUUGGAGCUCUUCCCCGACCAGUUGAUUGUGUUUGCAGGGGAGCAGCUCCGCCAAGGCAGCGAUGCAUCUGCAGAGGAUGGAAAUGCAGAGCAGAGGUCCACCCAGAAGAGACUGCUCUUUGACACCAUUGCCAAGUACUACAGUGGACAGGAAAAAGCUCCACUUCUCUCGGGACGCUACCUGGAUAUACAUGUUGCAAUUCUCAAUUUCCUCGAUGGAGGGAAGGUGCAGGAUUCCAUCAAAGCAUCUCAGUUGUGUUUGCGACUUCUGGAGAGAAAUGUGAGAGAUGAACUGCGGAGAUUACUGGCCUUCAUGGCCACAGCAGCUCACCCAGAUGCCUGUCGUCUACAGAAACAAACUGAUAAUAAAGCCUUGGUCUGCCGCACUUUUCAGAGAGCAAUUGUCCAGAAUCACAAACUGACUCGAACCCAGAGUGAAACCCUGGUUCUUUUUCUCAUGGACAGUCACACUGAGCUCUUCAAGACCCCUACGUCCCUUAUUGAAGCUGUGAGAGGAACACUGAGGACUAUGCAGCUGGGAAAAGACCCUGAUUCAAUUGCUACGUUCACCUUCUGCCAGCAGGCGACACCCCAGGAGUACGAGGACCAGCGUGAGGCUACCACCCUGGAGAGCCUCAAACAGCUUCUACGUGAUAUUUCCUCCAGUGAGAGCAUGUCUGCCAAGGACAAGAGGAGGCUGCUCAAAGAGUUCGAAAAGCAUCACCCUGUGGUUUUCCUCCAACAUUUCUCCGGCAUCUUCUGAAACGUACAGCUGGAGGGUAUCGGUUUGAUUUUCAAGGUGCACUUGACAUAGCGAGUGUGUGAUGGUACAGCGCUUACACUGAGGAAUGAUAAUAUUUUAACUAGAUCAGAUAAAACAUAAUGGCCUUAUAAUUCUGGAUGCUUUAAAAACUGCCAUACAAAUCUAGUGUGUAGAGAUGGAUUGAUGCCUUAUAUAAAUGUUUCCGCAGCAUGUUGUGUGGCUGCAGCCUUCCUAAUUCCUUAAAAACACAAUGGGCUUCAAUAGUCAAGGUUUUAUUUGUCGCUAUGCUUUAA